AUGGCGGCGAGGCGGUACAGCAAGUUUUCGGAUCCUGCUUGGACUGACAUCGACCCUCUAAAACCUGGAAUGACUCUUUAUAUGACAUUCAGCGAAUUUGAGGGUCGCCAGUAUCUAGCCGGUGUUCAUACAAGACCGCCGCGACAACGGACAAAAAGUUUAUACAUUCGAGACCAGUUGCUGAUUCAUCGCGACCAUUUUGCUAUCCUCAACCUUUAUAGCACCAGAAAUGAAAUUAUCUUCGACGGAUCGAGAGAGAAAUCAACAUACUACUACACCAUCGAUAUGAGAAACACCGGUUUGAAAGAUGUCAAACUUCACGCCUGCUCUGAUGGACGUUUUCUUAGGGUUCUCGUUCCUAAAAGUUAUUUUGGUGAUGUGAUCGAAUGGGAUACACCGUUCGUACCUGGACCGAAUACCUACUGGUUCUUCAGGCGCCCAUCCUCUGGCCUAAAGCGAUAUGAAUACCAUAAUACACAGGACAUUUCGGGUCUCACUGGUGUUGUUCUAGGCGCUAGAACCGUCGGUCUCUUCUGUCAUGGGCGACAACCAACGAUGUCUUUCGAAUUAUUCGCAAGGCAACUCAAGAAACGAUACGAGGAGAAGAAACUGAUCUUUUUGUACUUUCCUUUGGAAACUGAUGAAAAAGUCCACACUUUAGCGAUCACCACCUCCCUCAAUCGAAACUAUUGUUUCGGACCGCAACCGCAGCGCGAAGACUAUUUCGAGUACGAAGCCCUACGUCCCCUCUCCACUGGUUACGUCGAAGGUCUAUUCUAUUCCUCCCCUAACGAUUCCGUCCACGCUUUUUCGGACCUUGGAUUAUCAGCGUCGAAUGUUUACACCCGAAUAUCGGGUCUCAACAUCUCUCCCGGAGAAUCGCUUCCAUGCCCAUCUGUUGAUAGUCCACAAGAAGGAUGGUGCUUCAGUAAAGCUUCUCUCGAGCGAAAUUCUACGAUUCAAGUGUGCAGGCUUAGCGAUAGUGUGCAGCAUUGUUUAGGUGUGUUGCUGACAUAUCCUAAUGGCAAAAGGGACGCUCUCGGACAGGUUAGAUUCGAUAAGUAUCUCUCAAAGAGCUGGGACAUUGAAGACUGUGUCUUCCGGAACGUAACAAUCAAGCAUUUGCUGUAUGUCGAAAUCAAGAAACGUUCAGAUGUAGCAGAUGGCAUCGAUGACUGGUAUGACCUUCCUGCUCAGGGUAAGGUGGUGUGGUGGUGUGGAUUGAAUGGAGAUCAAAUUGGGAUACUUCGAUGA